CCUGAUAUUAUGCGUAGGUUAAAGGCCUAGCCACGAAUUCAGGGUUCUGGGAAGUGGAAUUGCCCCGAGCCCAUGGUAUUGACACAGAAAUAUGUCUUAUAAAUAGCAGGAUAUCCCUUCCGGCAUGAUGUCGACAUGGUGAUGCCACAGAUAUACUGAUCUAUAUGAAUCGCCCGCCGUUCAUGACGACGAAAUAUGUUGAAGCGAGGCUCGAGGGGGAAAAUUUUGAAAAAGAAAAGAGAAGGCCCACGCGGAAGCCUCAUAGAAGAGGGUUUAAGGUGUCGCUAACCAGUUUUCUACUACUUCGAAUGCCGAAGUUUUUGAUGUGUGGCCGCGAUGGCGAUUCUAUCCUCAGACAGAAUCUGGAUAGCGAGGACAUUCGGAUGUGGCUCACAUCCGAAGAGGAGCUUGCAAGGCUGAGGAUACUGUUCAUUGAUGCUACCAAAGAGCUGCCUGAUCUCUUGCCUGUCGCAGAGUCCUUACUCCGGGAUACUCUGGACAUAAUUGGUGUAAAUCCACGAUUCACAGAAAAUCUGAGUCGCCAGCACAUGCCUGGCAAGAAUAUCCACUCUACAAGAGACGGCUCAACUCGCCAUGAGCUAUGGCAUACCGCAUAUCUCAGGAUCGAAGGCAACCACAAUAGAUCACAAAGUGCGACCCAGACUCUCCAGCUUACUAGGCAGUAUCUUACUGGCAGAGAUACUAUAUGUGGUCUGACUGCCUACUUGAAAAACAGCGGAAACAGAGCGGGCACAGGGUGUAUGACUUACAUGAUCUGGCGUUGCUCACGAAACAUCGAAGCGUCAUCCUUCUCCACGUCCUCUGGAGAGGCUGGGCAGAAACUGUUGGGUCAUAUGAUGAGUGGCACGCAUUCACGACAGAAAAUAUCGUACUACACACGCAUAUCUUCCUAA